AUGUGCCCGUCAGAGAUGGGGACGCUGUGGCCUCGUUGGUCCCCCGUGCUCAUCAGCCUGGCCACCCUGCUCUCCGAAGUGACCGAGGGCCGCGGCAGCCUGGACACCACCCAGAGGUUCUCCCUGCUGCCCACCUACCUGCCCGUGACCUACCGCGUGCACGACGCCGACGUGUCCUUCUUCCUGAAGGAGGCCAACCAGGACGUGAUGCGCAACUCCAGCCUGCAGUCCCGCGUGGAGUCCUUCCUCAUCCACAGGGCGCGGCGGCCGCCCGCGCUCAGCGCCAGCUACGGCCCGUUCUCCGCGCGGCAGCCGGUGCCCCCGGACCUGCUGCUGCCGCCGUCCGGCCCCUUCGGCGCCGCCGGCGCGUCCUCGCUCAGCUGGAGGCUGAAGGCCCACGUCCUUCGGGACAGGAUCUCCCUGGGCCGGCCCACCGUGCAGGUACUGUUCCACGUGGUGGGCCGGGACUGGGCCGAGCGCCGCCCCGGGGAGCAGCUGCCGUGCCUGCGGGUGUUCGCGUUCCGGGAGACCAGGGAGGUGCGGGGCAGCUGCGGGCUGCGGGGCGAGCUGGGGCUGUGCGUGGCCGAGCUGCGGCUGCCGGCCAGCUGGUUCAGCGCCCCCGCCGUGGUGGCCGGGAGGAGGAGGCCCGUGGACCCGGCCGAGGGCAGCGCCGUGGAACUCUACUACACCGUGCACCCGGGGGACGAGCGCGGGGACUGUGUCCGGGCCGAGUCGGGCCCGAGCAGCGGGGCUCCCCCGGGCCCCGGCGACGUGGACGAGUCGGGUCCCCCGCUGCAGAGGAUCGGGAGCGUGUUCCUUCACCAGACGCACGGCCGGCCCCCGCUGCGCGAGCUGCGUCUGGACCACAACGUGGCCGUCCACUACCUGCCACAGACGGCGCGGCCGGGCGACGUGCUCACUUUCCCUGUUUCGGUCUCCAAAAACUGCACGGAGGACCAGUUCACCUUGAGGGCGAAGGCGAAGAAAGGCGUGCGCAUCGUGGGGGUCCGAGCCAGCAGCCCCGCCCUGUGGGAGGUCAGGGAGAGCACGGACCGCGCCGGCAAGUCUGUCCCUGCCGUCAUCGUCUGUCACAGGAGGUCUGCCGGCUCGGCGAACAGGGCCGACGGCGCCUCCGAUGAGGUCAUGCAGAUCGACGUGGAGAUCGAAGAGCCCAGCGACCCGCCGGCCACACAGCUGGUCACGUGGCAGGUCGAGUAUCCAGGGGACGUCACGUCGGACCUGGGCAUCUCCAAGAUCUACGUCAGCCAGAAGGACUUGAUCGGCGUCAUCCCACUGGCCAUGGAGGCGGAGAUCCUGAACACGGCCGUCCUCACGGGGAAGACGGUGGCCGUGCCGGUGAGGGUGGUCUCCGUGGAGGCGGACGGCACCGUGUCAGACCCGCUGACGUCCGUGGACUGCCGAUCGUCCAACGAAGACGUGAUCAAGGUCUAUGACAGGUGCGACUACGUCUUCAUCAACGGGAAGGAGAUGAAGGGCAAGGUGGACGUGGUGGUGGACUUCACCUACCAGCACCUCCACAGCCCCCUGGAGAUGACAGUGUGGGCGCCCCAGCUGCCGCUGCACAUCGAGGUCUUGGAUGCCGAGCUCAAUCAGAUCAAGGGCUGGAGGGUGCCCAUUCUCUCCAACAAAAGCCCAGCCCAGGACAGCGAGGAAGAGGAAGAUGAGGAGACGGGUCGGGGCUGCGCCCUGCAGUACCAGCAUGCUGUGGUGCUCUUGACUCAGUUUGUGGCCGAAUCAGCUGACCCUGGGGGCCACCUGGCCCACCUGCUGGGAUCCGACUGGCAGGUGGACAUCACGGAGCUGGUGACGGACUUCCUGCAGGUGGAGGAGCCCCGGGUCGCCCAGCUGCAAGGGGGACAGGUCCUGGUGGGCGGGGAGCUCGGGAUGACCACCAUUCAGAUCCUGUUGCCCUUGUCAGACGCCAUCCUGACUGAAAGGACCAUCACGGUGCUGGAUGAGAAGGUCACCAUCACGGACCUCGGGGUCCAGGUGAUGAUGGGGCUGUCACUCUCCUUGCAGCUCAGCCCAGGGAGCAAUAGAGCCAUCUUUGCCACAGCGGUGGCUCAGGAGCUGCUGCAAAAGCCCAAGCGGGAAGUGGCCCUCAGUGGCUGGGUCCAGUUCAGCGACGGGUCUGUCACACUUUUGGACAUUUACGACGGGGAAGCCUUUUCCUUGAUGGCCACCUCCUUGGACGAGAAGGUGGUCUCUAUCCACCAGGACCCCGAGUCUAAGUGGCCCAUCAUUGUCACUGAAUCCAAGGGGCAGGGUGCUCUGGUGAAGAUCGAAAUGGUCAUCAGUGAAUCCUGCCAGAAGUCCAAGUAGAAGAGUGUGCUCCCUGUGGGAAUGGCCACCGUGAAGGUGAAAUUCGGCCAGAACGAUGCCCACAUCAACAUUCGAAACAGUGGACACCCAGGGGCAGGUGCCCGCCUGGAGAGUGACAGCGGUGACAGGCGACCUGAUGGGUCCUUGCAGGAGUGGAGUGGCCCUGAGGGACAGGCCCUCAGCAACUCUUCCAUGGGCACCGUGAAGAGGAGAGUGGCCACAACAGAGCAGUCCACCUUCUGGAAGAGUCGCAACCAGGCAGGCCUCUCCGACAGGGUCAGCAGCCUGCAGACCACCCUCACCCUCCUCACCAGCUUCCCAGUGCUGGCAGACUUCCCCCGGAGCCACAGGGGUGCUGACGAGGGCAAGCUUGCCCGGGCCUCCAGAGGGCUGAGCGACCUGGAAGUGGGGAUGUGUGCCCUGCUGGGUGUCUUCUGCCUGGCCAUCAUGGUCUUCCUCAUAAACUGCGCAGCCUUCGCUGUGAAGUACAGGCGCAAACAGAUGCCCUUGGAGGAGCAGGAGGGUCUGAGCCAUUCCCACAACUGCGUGGGGCUGAGCCACAGGGCGGAGCUGCUGGAGAAUCACAUCCACUUCGAGUUGUCCUAGGGCAAGCGGGUCACCGCGGUGGACAGGGCCCUGGCCUUCCAGGAGAGUAAGUACCUGCUCGGUGCUGAUGCCCAGAAUGGCCCCAAUGGGCUGGUGUUCGUUUCCUCCAGACCCCGGGCUGCCAAUGGGAAAGGUCAGAAGAGCGAGCCGCCCACCUCCCCUACCUCCAAGAGGAAUAGGGUGAAGUUCACCACCUUCACCACUGGCUCGGAGGACAGGGGCCCCGCCAUGCACACUCUGGCGCUGGGCAGCCAGGAGGACCUGCGCUGGGUGUGCCUGGACCUGGACCCUGGGGCGUGCCAGAACCAGCACAGCUGCGUGGAGGGGCUCCGGGAAGACGCGUAA